UUGUUUGGCGCUCAUGUCCCGAACAUUGACAAUUCCAUGCAAUUGAUAGGUAGCUUGUCGGAGAAUAUGAAGGCCAGCCUGGCAAUCUAUUGAUGUAUUGAUUUCUCAUUUUGACAGCUUUGGCGCGCGGGCUGUCAAACCUCUCGCCCGAGACCGUGCGCGCUCCAUCGAACAUGAAGGCUAUCGCUGGAGAUCUGUGCUGACUCAAUAUCGUUUCCCCCCCCCCUCCUGCUCCCCGCCAUGUCCAGGGCGAUGGAAAUUUGCCAUUACCAACUGGGACUAACACUGCCCACCUCGACGUCAAAGUACCACGCUCCUGGAGGAAGGUCCCACUGCAGAUCAGCCCGGCGCCCGGUUCCAGGAAGCCGUGACGACCAGAGCCCGAGCGGGCCACACAAGUGCCGGAGCCUGGCCAAAGACAGGCGGCGCAGAUCGAGGCCAGCUGGGCUACCAACCCAGGUAGCUGGCCGGGGGAGGUCAGCCACAUGUUCUAGCCGACAACCUACCUACUAGGUACCCCCAAUGGCGCCGCUCAAUGUCAUAGCCCUGGUCUCGGGGGGCAAGGACAGCUUCUUCUCGCUCCUCCACUGCCUCGCCCACCAGCACCGCGUCGUCGCCCUGGCGAACCUGCACCCCGCCGGCCCCGAGCCCGGCGGCCAUGCAGGAGUCGACGACGACGACGGUGGCGACGAGACGGACCUGAACAGUUUCAUGUACCAGACCGUCGGCCACCAGGUCAUACCCCUCUACGCGGGCGCCACGGGCCUGCCGCUCUUCCGCCGCGCCAUCGCCGGCGGCGCCCUCCAGCAGGCGCGAGACUAUGACUGCUCCGCGGCGGCCCAGCAUCAGCAGGAGGAGAGCGGCACUGGCGCUGGCGACGAGACCGAGUCCAUGGUGCCCCUGCUCAGGACCGUCAUGGCGGCUCACCCAGAGGCCAACGCCGUCUGCGCCGGAGCCAUACUCAGCACGUACCAGCGCACCCGCGUCGAGUCGGUGGCCGUGCGCCUGGGGCUCGUGCCGCUGGCCUUUCUCUGGAAGUUUCCCGUCCUGCCGUCACGGUCGUCUUCGGGUGACGACGACGAAGACGACGGUGCCCAGUUGCUGCGCGACAUGGGCUCGGCGGGCCUCGAGGCCCGCGUCGUCAAGGUCGCCAGCGGCGGCCUGGACGAGUCGUUCCUGUGGGAGGACGUUGCCGGCCGCCGCGGGGUCGCGAGGCUCACCAGGGCCAUGGCCAUGUUCUCUGCCGAGAGCGGCGGCGGCGGCGGCGGGGACCCCCUGCGGCCCGACGGCGCCGUGCUGGGCGAGGGCGGCGAGUUUGAGACCCUUGUCGUCAACGGGCCGCGCUGCCUGUUCAAGAGGCGCAUCGUGGUCGAUGACGUCGCGAGGCGGCUGGUGAGGGAGGGCGGCGGCGCGGCCUGGCUCAGCAUCAACGGGGCCCGGCUGGAGGAGCAUGAGCAAGAGAAAGGGAAGGAUGACGAGGGUGGCGCGGCCUGGGACCCGACCGCGCUGGCCGGGAGCAUCAGGCUACUGGACGACGACUUCGCCGCCAUUCUAGCGUCGCCCUUGGCGCUCGACAAGGCUGGCGAUCUGGAGGACCAAAGGACCGCGCAUCAGGAACCCAGCGCGGGCUGGCGCUACAGCUGCGAUGGCGACGACGCCCUCACCCGAGUCGACUCGUGCCUUGAGCAGUGGACCGUGCUGGCGGCGGCGCACCCGGCCCCAGGCGCCGCCGUCCGGUCGGUGGGGGAGGAGACCCGGGACAUUGUCGCCCAGAUCCGCGCCUGGCUGAGCAAGAGGUCGCUGACCCCCUCGAACAUCGUCUCCGCGGUCGUGGUGCUGCGCAGGAUGGCCGACUUUCCGACCAUCAACGGCGAGUACGGCGCCCUGUUCACGGCGCCCAACCCGCCCUCGCGCGUCACCAUCUCGUGCGGCGAUCGGCUCCUCCCCGCAGGCUGCAACAUCUCGGUCUCCCUGACAGUCCACUCCGCCCCUCGCUUUCCAGUAGAUGGCGGGCGGGACGGGCUGCACGUGCAGUCCCGCUCGUACUGGGCCCCGGCAAACAUUGGCCCUUACAGCCAGGCUAUUACCAUGCCCCUGGAUGGCAUAUUUCCCCCGCAGGCCAUCACGGCGGCAGAUAGCGAUGAGGAAGGGGAUGAAGAUGCCCCGCACCUGUCCCGCCUGUCACCAUCCUCCUCCUCCUCGGCCCGCCUAGUCUUUAUCGCCGGCCAGAUUCCCCUCAUCCCAGCCACUAUGGAGCUGCCUCAAUGUGAUGUACCAGGCACCGAGUCGGGCAUGUUCGCCAUGCAGGCCGUGCUCUCACUACAGCACCUAUGGCGUGUUGGAGUUGAAAUGAGUGUCCAGUGGUGGAGUAGUGCAGUUCUCUACAUCCCUCGCACAAGCGGCGGGGACGCCUCGUCCAUGACGCCACAGACAAAGUCGGUAGUAGCCUCGGCCGCGUGGACUCGUGCGCACAAGCCGCCAGAUGGCGAGGACGACGAUGACGAAGACGACGGGCCCGACAUAUGGGACAGGAAGUACAACCCGGCCUACAGAGGCUACAGCCAAGGCAAGACCAAGAAACAGGGGCGACGCCUGCCCGACUGGGGCGUCGUGGACCACCAGCCGGACCACGUCGGCGCCGGGCAGCAGACGUCGCGGCCCCGCGGCAGGGACGGACAGGCCCCGCCCUUCUUCCUCGCCGAGGUUGAGGAGCUGCCGCGCGGAUCCGGCGCCGAGUGGCACGCGCAGGUCGGACUCUCGGGCCUGGCGGCGGCCUCGGUCGCCACCCGCUCCUGGUCGUCGCCGGACGCCGGCUCCGCAGCCCCCUGGGUCGCACACCAGACGCUGGUGGUGUGCCCCGGGGGCGGCGGCGGCGGCGGCGGCGGGGUUUUUGCCCACACGGUUGUGUCAGUCGGCGCGCCCCCGGGCCAGGGAGGCAAGAUGAGUGCCGAGACGGUCUCGUCCGUGCUGGAUGCUGCCCUGCAGCGGGCGCCAUGCACGGCCUCGGGGUUGCGUGGGAUGGCGGCGGCGGCGGGGGACCGCCGUCCCUAUCUUAUGUAUCUCGACGGGGAUCUCGUGGGCGAGGUCUCGGCGAGCGACGAGUACGGCGCCGUGGUCCCCUGCUCGUCGCUGUGGGAUCGGCACGGCGAGCGCUUGGCUGUCGUGGCGCUUUACAGGGAGACCUGGGCCCCGCGGGGUACAGCACUAGGUGCAAGGUGAUCAGAAGCAAAAUGUGUGCUGUGCUGUGCUUGCCAUGGGGUAGAAUAUGCAUAAAUAUAUCUAAAAGUGCCAUCCGAGAUACCCGGGCCCAAAGACUACCAUGGCGCAUCGCUAUACCACAUGCUUGCAGGCCGUGUCUAUUUCUCUAAACUUCCAGGGAAAUAUGCCAAAGACAAACAACGGGAUAGAGUCGUUCUUUUUCCUCCCCCGGGAAAGAGUCUUGUCAGAGCUGGGCGAGGUGAAGCGACCAUCUGGGCACCUAAGCAGGCCUGCUUGCGAUGGCUGUCGUAUUCUUGUGCGCCAUCGAGAGGAAAGGCUCGGCAUGCGUUGUAACGAUGGAAACUCCAAGCGGGGACGCCAAACGGCACGGUGAGGUGACUGCCGUCUGACGAGUGUCCGAUAUCAAUAUCAAAACGAGGGCGAGGUGGGCCCCCACGUGCCUGCCUGCCCGGGUCGCUCCUGCCUGCUGCUGCCUGACCCCAAGCCAUCUGAUAUAAACGCCCCUCCGGUUGCUCCAGUCAUCGAACCCGGACAUUUAAUAGGUACCGCCCUUUGGUGUAAUGGUUAACCGUAG